AAGAGAAACAAAUAGCCACCUGCCUUCUUCCAAUAUUUUUUUUUCCGUUUUUUUUUGGGGAAAUCAACCAUUUCUUUCCUCCCCGUUCAAUUCGAUUCAAACAGAUUCAAACAUCAGACACAGUACUACAUAGUACACGGGGCAUAUUCUGCUCUGCACACACAGAAGAGAGAGAGAGAGAGAGCGUGGGCUUUCUUCCCCUUCCGUACAAUGGAGGAAAGCCAUGACCAAAUGGAGGAAAACGGCGAGCAAGUGGAGGAAAGCCACGAGCAAGUGGAAAAUAUUGGGAGUGCUUCUAGUGGCAGUGAUAGUGAUUCUUUUAUAGAUGAUUCAGAAGUUGAUGAAGUAUCGAUAUCCGGAGAAGAUGAAAAAUUGAAGCCAGAGGAACCAUUAUCUGAUAAAGAAAUAGAGGAGCUCAUUGCUGAAUUUUUGGAGGUUGAGAGUAAGGCUGCCGAGGCUCAAGAGGCACUUGAGAAAGAGUCUCUUGCCAAAGUGGAGAGUGAAGUUAGAAAGGAGUUGGCACAAACUCUUCAUGGGGACAAUUUGGAAGCAGCUGUUGCAGAAGAAAUGGAUACUUUGAUAGAAGAGUGGCAAGCUGAGCUUGAUGAACUUGAGACUGAGAGUGCUCAUUUGUUGGAACAACUUGAUGGGGCUGGCAUUGAGCUACCGAGCCUUUAUAAGUGCAUUGAAAGUCAGGCUCCUAAUGGUUGCUGCACUGAAGCUUGGAAAAGACGGAUACACUGGAUAGGGUCUCAAGAGACUGGAGAAUUUACCAAGUCAAGGGCUGAUGCGGAGCAGUAUCUCCAAACCCACAGACCUGUGAGAAGGCGACACGGUAAACUAUUGGAGGAUGGCGCUAGUGGAUUUCUGCAGAAAAAACUAGCCAUAGAUGGAAGCAAGGAUGCUGUGACAGCUGAUGUUGAUUACUGGGGUUCUUUCAACAAAUUAUUUUCUGAUGGUGCAACUGCGGGUGAUGCCUUGUUUGGCAGUAAGCACUGGGCUUCUGUUUAUUUGGCCAGUACGCCACAGCAAGCUGCUGAGAUGGGACUUAAGUUCCCUGGGGUUGAUGAGGUAGAGGAGAUUGAUGAUAUUGAUGGCAAUUCUGGUGAUCCAUUUGUUGCAGCCGCUGUUGCAAACGAAAGAGAACUGGAUCUCACUGAAGAACAAAAGAAAAAUUAUAGGAAGGUCAAAGAAGAAGAUGAUGUAAAUGUUGAUCGGAAGCUUCAAAUUCGUUUGAAACGGAGGAGACAUCGAAAGAGAAGUAAACAGGAUGCUGGCCGGAAAGAUUUUUGCUUAGUUGAUCAGGAGAUAGGAAGCAACAUGGACCUGUCUUCGUCUAUGCUUGACUCUUCUAUCAGUAUCUCAAAUGGGAAAAUUGAUCAAGAUCUGGAAACCGCUAAUAACAUUGACCAAGAAAGCAUAACGAGUAAUGGUUCUUCUCCAGUGACUAGUUCCAGUGAAGCAAGAGGCUCAAAGCGUCUGAGUGAGGAUGAGGAGCUAAACAUUGAUAAUAAGAGGAGUCGAACUGUGAUUAUAGAUAGCGAUGAUGACACUCCACUGAAAGAUAAUUCAGACUGCAAUGCGAUAAAAUCUGAGGACCAGUCAUAUGUGGAAGAGAAUAUCUGCAUAGCUGCCACCGGUGGUCUCCCUUCACAGAGUCUGAAUGAUAAGCUCUACUGCACUGCUUGUAGUAAGCAUGCUGUUGAAGUGUGCUCACAUCCACUUCUGAAGGUGAUUAUUUGUGCAGAUUGCAGAUGCUUAUUGGAAAAAAGGAUGCAGGUAAAGGAUCCUGAUUGCUCCGAGUGUUAUUGUGGGUGGUGUGGACAAAGCAAGGACCUAGUAAAUUGUAAAUCUUGCAAGACAUUGGUUUGUGCGACUUGUAUAAAGAGGAAUAUUGGAGAGGAAUGCUUAUCUGAUGCCCAGACCUCUGGCUGGCAAUGUUGUUUCUGUUGCCCAAGUCUUCUAAAGACAUUGACAUCACAAUUAGAGCAAGCAAUAAGUUCUCAGGAUUUGAUAGUAUCUAGCUCUGAUAGUGAUUCAGAUAGUUCAGAUUCAGAUAGUUGUCUUUGUGUCAGUUCUAAGAGGAGGAGAAAGAAGAAAAUUCGAAGGAUCAUUGAUGAUACUGAAUUAGGAGAAGAAACCAGAAGGAAAAUUGCAAUUGAAAAGGAACGUCAAGAACGCUUGAUGUCUUUGCAAGUACAAUUUUCUGCCAAAUCUAAGAUGAAGAGCUUUGCAACUUGUAACGGGAGAUUACCCGAAGGUGCCAGUGCUGAAGUGCUGGGUGAUGCAUCAGCUGGUUAUAUAGUGAAUGUUGUGAGGGAAAAAGGUGAAGAAGCAGUUAGAAUUCCUCCAAGCAUCUCAGCGAAAUUGAAGGCUCAUCAGAUCACGGGUGUGAGAUUUAUAUGGGAGAAUAUCAUACAGUCAGUCAGAAAAGUGAAGGCUGGGGAUAAGGGUCUUGGUUGCAUUCUAGCUCACAUGAUGGGCCUUGGUAAAACUUUCCAGGUCAUAGCUUUUCUGUACACUGCAAUGAGAAGUAUUGAUUUGGGAUUAAAUACUGCACUUAUUGUCACCCCUGUGAAUGUGCUGCACAAUUGGCGUCAAGAGUUCAUGAAGUGGAGGCCUUCAGAACUGAAGCCCCUUCGCAUCUUCAUGCUAGAAGAUGUGUCAAGGGAUAGAAGAGCAGAAUUGCUUGCAAAGUGGAGAAGGAAGGGUGGUGUUUUUUUAAUUGGCUACUCGGCUUUUAGAAACUUAUCCUUUGGAAAGAAUGUGAAGGAUAGGCAGAUAGCUACAGAAAUUUGUCAUGCCUUGCAGGAUGGAACGGAUAUACUUGUUUGUGAUGAGGCCCAUGUUAUUAAGAAUACCAGGGCCGAUGUAACCCAAGCCUUAAAACAAGUGAAAUGCCAGAGAAGGAUAGCAUUAACUGGAUCACCACUUCAGAACAAUCUCAUGGAAUAUUACUGUAUGGUUGAUUUUGUAAGGGAAGGUUUUCUUGGAAGCAGCCAUGAGUUUCGGAAUCGAUUCCAAAAUCCCAUAGAGUAUGGUCAACAUACUAAUUCAACUGUGGAUGAUGUGAAAAUCAUGAACCAACGGUCUCAUAUUCUUUAUGAGGAGUUGAAAGGAUUUGUUCAGAGAAUGGACAUGAAUGUGGUAAAGAAGGACUUACCACCAAAAACUGUGUUUGUAAUAGCUGUGAAACUUUCAACCUUACAGAGGAAAUUAUACAAGAGAUUUCUUGUUGCCCACGGAUUCACCAAGGACAAGGAUUAUAAUGAAAAGAUAGGGAAGAGAAGUUUUUUUGCCGGCUACCAAGCCUUAGCUCAGAUAUGGAACCAUCCAGGGAUCUUGCAACUAAGAAAAGAUGACAAAGACUAUGAGAGACGUGGAGAUGCUGUUGAGAAUUUUCUUGCAGAUGACAGCUCUAGUGACGAAAACAUUGAUUAUAAUUUGGGUUUUGGAGAGAAAAAUGUGAAUGAGAUUUUGCCAGGAAAAAAAGAUGACAUUUUUCGAAAGGAUUGGUGGAAUGAUCUUCUUCAUGAAAAUGACUAUAAAGAGCUUGAUUACAGUGGCAAAAUGGUACUCCUGCUUGACAUUCUAGCUACGAGUUCUGAUGUGGGGGAUAAGGCAUUGGUAUUUAGCCAGAGCAUACCAACCCUUGACCUCAUCGAACUUUAUCUUUCAAGGCUACCUCGACAUGGGAACAAAGGGAAGUUUUGGAAGAAAGGAAAAGAUUGGUACAGGCUAGAUGGGAGAACAGAGGGCUCAGAAAGGCAAAAGCUGGUUGAACGCUUUAAUGAUCCCCUGAAUAAGAGGGUGAAAUGUGUUAUAAUUUCCACCAGAGCUGGAUCGUUAGGGAUAAAUCUCUAUGCUGCUAAUCGUGUAAUAAUAGUUGAUGGUUCUUGGAAUCCAACAUACGAUCUUCAGGCUAUAUAUCGUGCUUGGAGGUAUGGCCAAACAAAGCCAGUGUUUGCUUACAGAUUGAUGGCACAUGGAACUAUGGAAGAAAAAAUUUAUAAGCGUCAGGUAACGAAGGAGGGCCUGGCUGCAAGGGUUGUUGAUCGACAACAGGUACAUAGGACAAUAUCUAAGGAAGAGAUGUUGCAUCUUUUUGAAUUUGGUGAUGAUGAGAAUCAUGUGCUUGACCAAGAUAGCGUAUUCUUGAACGACAAUGUGACUGGUAAAGUGGAAAUUUUGCCGAAACACGUAGUGCCUCUUUCUCAAGGAAGUUGCUUUUCUGACAAGCUCAUGGAAAGUUUACUUGGCAAGCAUUCUCCAAGGUGGAUCGCAAAUUUCCACGAACAUGAGACCCUUUUACAAGAGAACGAAGAAGAAAAGCUCACAAAGGAGGAGCAAGACAUGGCUUGGGAAGUAUACCGGAAAUCAUUUGGAUGGGAGGAAGUGCAGAGAGUUCCUCUCAAUGAAUCUGCAGUCGACCAAAAACCAGCUGUAUCAAAUACUGCCUCAUCUGCACCAACGAAGAGCAUCCUUGCUGAAUCCACGGCGAAGAAUGCUUUUGUACAGCGGAAGUGCACUAAUCUUUCGCAUUUGCUGACGCUAAGAAGUCAGGGCACGAAACAGGGUUGCACCACCGUGUGUGGGGAAUGUGGCCGCGAGCUGAGCUGGGAGGAGCACAGUCGAGAUAGCAGGCUCAGGUAAACGAUAUUUCCUUCCGAUUUGUUCUCGUAGUUUAGUCCGAUGUAGAGUUCCGAUUGUAUAUUGCGUUUGCUGUGAGUUCAUUGAGUUCAUUGCCAAAGAAACAGGCUUGUGUAAAUCAAAGCUACAACAAGGAAAUGAGCAAUCAAAAUCUUGGAAGUUUUUCCCUUCCAUGAAUUUGUUGUGAUUUUUUCUCAAUUAAUUAAUUAAUGUGUAAUUAUUCUGCACACA